UCCACCCUUUGAAACAGCACCAGCUCCUGUUCUGCCUUCAGCACAAAACUCAGGCAGUCCUGAAUGGAGAGCACCUCAGACCAUGUGCAAUAAGUUGUGAAGUCGGAGCGAGCAGCAGGAGACCUUGAGGAGCAUGAGAGCGCCAGGAAUGUCCAGGGCCACGCCACUGCUGUAGCUUGUGAAGUUCUCUCUGGGGGAAUUAGCUUCAAAAAACGAGCGACAGGAGCUUACUGGAGGGACUCGGAGUAACUGUCCUGAAGUUCAUGUAGAAAACUGGACCCCCUUUGACAUAGUUUUGGGUAUUUUCUUUGUCGAUUUAUUUGAGACAUUCUUAUUUGUAUUCAUUCACGUUCUCUGACCGGAGACUCCAAAGCUUGGAAGGAGUUGGACGUUUGUGGGGGAGAACACGCUAAGAACCCCUGACUCAGCAACGCUCUCAGCAGGCAGUUGGAGGUCAUGUUCCCUGUACUGAAGUGGUUGGUUCUGCUGUGUGGAAUGCACACGCUUGUUGCGCAGGAGUUCCAUGAAGAGCGCGAGGAGAUAGUGGUGUCCACCCGGGGAAGGGUCAAACUGCCCACGGCCAACGCUAUCCCUCAAAACGGAGAAUUGCUCGGCGGCGAGGACUGCGGCGUGGAGGUGGCCUUCCUGGUAGACAGCUCGGAGAGCGCCAAGGAGCACCACGCUCAGGAGAAGCGGCUGGCCACCGAUGUGGCCGAGCGGCUGCAGGGCGUGCGGCUGGCGUCGGGCCGCGGCGUGUCCUCGAGGGCCGCCCUGCUGCAGUACAGCAGCCACGUGAUCGUUGAGCAGACCUUCGCGCAGUGGCACGGCGUGCAGGACUUCAAGGCGCGCAUCGCCCCGAUCGUGUACAUCGGCCACGGCACCUACGCCACGUACGCCAUCACCAACCUGACGCGGCUCUACCUGGAGGAGUCGCCAGUGGCCAGCAUCAAGGUGGCCAUCCUGCUGUACGACGGCAACUCCCACCCCCGCAACCCGGACAUCCUGGCGGCGGUGGCGGACGCCAAGAACCAGGGUGUGCGCUUCUUCACGAUCGGUAUCACGCCGCAAGCCAACGAGGUGUCGAACGUGGGCAUGCUGCGGCAGAUUGCCAGCUCGCCCGCCGCGCGCUACCUCCACAACCUGCAGGACCGCGGCAUCGUGGACAAGGUGGUCAAGGAGAUUACCCAGCUGGCCGAGGACGGGUGUCCGGUCGCCAAAAGUCAGUGCGCGUGUCAGAAGGGCGAGAGGGGCCCCGUCGGCCCCGCGGGCAAGAAGGGGCGUUCAGGCGAAGAUGGAACCCCAGGUAUCAAAGGUUUUAAGGGAGAGAGUGGACUUAGCGGACUCCCUGGUCGCGACGGCUCCGAGGGGAAAUCCGGCUACAAAGGAGAGAAGGGAGAAAGGGGAGAAUGUGGAACACCUGGCAUUAAAGGCGAACGGGGUGUGGAGGGCCCCACCGGGAACCGAGGAAUCCGGGGACUACAGGGUCUGGCCGGUCCCCCCGGUGACAUCGGCCCUGAAGGUCCUCUCGGACGCAAAGGGGACCGGGGACUCUCAGGACCACCUGGGGUCCAGGGGGAGACUGGGAUCGGACUGGCAGGACCCAAGGGUGACAUCGGUUUCCAGGGACGACUGGGCCCACCCGGCCCUCCGGGCCUUGGGGAGCACGGACCACCGGGGCCUCAAGGGCCACAGGGGGUCCAAGGGGAGAAGGGGCCCCUCGGCGAGGGCCUACCGGGGUCCAAAGGCGAGCGAGGCCAGGAGGGGCCCCGGGGCCCGAGAGGAAUGGUCGGGGCUGGAAUCAAAGGGGACAAGGGGGACUAUGGCUCUCCAGGUCUUCCUGGGCCACUUGGCCUCACCGGGGCUGGAAUUCAAGGAGAGAAGGGCGUGGAGGGCCCUCGGGGGCCAUCAGGAAUAAGGGGACCCCCAGGUGAGGGUCUCCCUGGAUCUAAGGGCGACCAAGGGUUUCCAGGAGAAGUGGGGGCCACAGGAGAACGAGGGGCAGGGGAACCGGGAGGAAAGGGUGAACCCGGGUCCACAGGAUUGGGGGGUCUACCAGGCCUUCCAGGAGAAGACGGGUCUCCUGGCCAGAAGGGAGAACCUGGCCCUAUUGGUUUCCGCGGCUCAGAAGGUGCUCCUGGAAUCGGCACCCAGGGUGAAAAGGGAGACCAAGGCCAGAGAGGGAUCAGAGGUCUGGCCGGUCCUCCUGGGAUAUCUGGACCCUCCGGACCAAAGGGUGAACCCGGGAUCCCCGGACGGCUCGGUUUACCAGGACUCCCCGGCCGUGGUAUCAUUGGACCAAAGGGGGAUCUCGGUCCGUCCGGCCCACCUGGUCCUAUUGGAGAAAAUGGUUAUGGACAUCCUGGUCCCAAGGGGGACCGUGGAGAAUCCGGUCCAUCAGGGCCUUACGGUCCCAAAGGCGAGGGCUUCCCCGGCCCAUCGGGCCCUCCCGGACUACCGGGCCUCAUGGGCGAGCCGGGGCCUGAAGGAGUAGGAAUCCCAGGACCAAAGGGGGAUAUUGGUUUCCGAGGGUUGCCAGGUUUACCAGGACCCAUCGGCGAGGGGAUUCAAGGACCAAUGGGUAAUACUGGAAGACCAGGGCCUUCGGGACCCACUGGGCCCCCAGGACAAGGCUUUCAGGGACCCAAGGGGGACCAGGGGUCACAGGGUGUGUCUGGGCCAAGGGGCCCGCCCGGAGAGGGAGUGCAGGGGCCUAAAGGGGACCGUGGCUCGGCGGGGGAGAGAGGGCUGAAGGGAAUCAGAGGAGACCUUGGAGAUGCCGGUGUCCCUGGAGAAUCAGGUCGACCAGGCAUCAAAGGUGAAGCGGGCCUGACUAGAGACGACAUUAUUCGGAUGAUCAAGGAAAUUUGUGGCUGCGGCGUCAAGUGCAAGGAGCGGCCCAUGGAGCUGGUGUUUGUCAUCGACAGCUCCGAGAGCGUGGGACCCGAGAACUUCGAGAUCAUCAAGGACUUUGUGGCGGCGCUGGUGGACCGCGUGACGGUGGGCCGCAACGCCACACGCAUCGGCCUGGUGCUGUACAGCCUGGAGGUGCGGCUGCAGUUCAACCUGGCGCGCUACAUGACCAAGCAUGACGUCAAGCAGGCCAUCCGCAACAUCCCCUACAUCGGCGAGGGCACGUACACCGGCACGGCCAUCCGCAAGGCCACCCAGGAGGCCUUCUACAGCGCCCGCAACGGGGUCAGCAAGGUGGCCAUCGUCAUCACCGACGGACAGACGGACAAGAGGGAGUCGGUGAAGCUGGACAUGGCGGUGCGCGAGGCUCACGCCGCCAACAUCGAGAUGUUUGCGCUGGGCAUCGUCAACAGCUCGGACCCCACGCAGGCCGAGUUCCUCCGGGAGCUCAACCUGAUCGCCUCGGACCCGGACACGGAGCACAUGUUCCUCAUCGACGACUUCAACACUCUCCCGGCUCUGGAGUCCAAGCUGGUCAGCCAGUUCUGUGAGGACGAGAACGGAGCGCUGAUCUACAACCGUCUUACCAACGGCUACAACGGCAACGGCCACAAUGGACACAACGGACACAACGGGAACAACGGACACAACGGGAACAACGGACACAACGGGAACCACGGCAACAACGGGAAUCAUGGCAUUGCCGGCCAUGGCCAGCGGCCCAAUGGAGGGCAGGAGUUGCAGAGAGGCGGCCAGACCAUCAGCACCAGUGGCGUCGUCGUCAGGACCGAAGUCCACGGACGGCCGGAGGUGGGGGCCGAGACAGUUAGAGGAUCCUCCACGGGACAGUUGGACACGCCCACUUUUAACCGCAACCCCACCACCAUCAGACCAGUUCAGCCGGCCAGGGAGAGCCCCUCCUCCUCUGGCACUUCCUCUUCAUCGUCGUCGUCUUCGUCAUCAUCAUCCUCAUCCUCAUCCCCGUCUUCUACAAACGGGACAUCUGUGCAGUAUGUGCCUGUAGUCAGACCGGCCCUACCUAAAGAGUUCGCCCCCUUGGACCCCCGCUGCGGGCUGGUCCUGGACCAGGGGCCGUGCCGGGACUACAACAUCCGCUGGUACUACGACAAGCAGGCCAACGCCUGCGCCCAGUUCUGGUACGGCGGCUGCAACGGCAACAAGAACCGCUUUGACACGGAGGAGGAGUGCAGGCGGACAUGUGUGACAUCCACAGGGGCGGGGACGCACUGAUGAACCGCCAUGCCACGCGCUGCCACGCCCCUUUUUACAUUCAGUCGCUCAUUUACUCACUCGUAGGACAUUUAUGCAUUAGGCCGCUCACUCACUCACGCACUCACUCACUAAGAUAACGUGUUCACGUGUUCAUCGUUCCUAUGGCAGUUACUGAUUAAGACGAGUCUCCAUUUGCAUUCACUCACUCAUAUGACAUUUAUGCAUUAGACUGCUCACUCACUCACUCACUCACUCACUAAGAGGGAAUUCACGUUUUUAUCCAUUCACUCACUCGUAUGGCAGUUACUGAUUAGGAUGAUGAUGCUCUGCAUUCACUCAUUCAGUCAUUCAUUCAUUUACUCUCUCAUAUGACAUUUAUGCAUUAAAACACUCACCACCUCACAAAAAUAACGUGUUCACAUGUUCGCCUGUUCACUCACUCGUAUGGCAGUUACAGAUGAAGACGAUUACCCAUUUGCAUUCCCUCAUUCAUUCAUUAAUUCACUCACUCAUAUGAGAUUCAUCCAUUCAGUCGUUAUUUUACUCACUCGUAUGACAUAUAUGCAUUAGACCGAUCACUCACUCACUCAGCAAAUUAACUUUCACAUGUUCAUCCGUUCACUCACUCGUAUGGCAAUUACUGAUUAGGAUGAUGAUCCUUUGCAUUCACUCAUUCAUUCGAUCACUCAUAUGACAUUCCUCCAUUCACUCACUCGUAUACAUUGACAUAUUCAUCCAUUCACUCACUCAAAUGACACUUGCUCAUUAAUAGAAUGAGCCAUUUUACAUUCAUUAAUUCAUAUAUCCUUUUAGUAAUCAUCCAUUAAUUUACUCAAAUGGCAUCACUUAUUCACACAUUAAAUCACGCCCUCAGUCACUUAUAUAACAUUCAUUCGUUCAUUUACUUGCUCAUGUAAACAUUGACCCACUCAUAACAUUCACCCAUGCACUCAAUCACUCAU